AUGGCCCAAGAAGCCUCAUUCCAGUCCCAAGAAGAUACUCCAUCUCGAACACAUGAGAAUGGCUCUUCCCAGACCGAAAGUGGCCUCUUCAACUUGGAACAGAUCAAAAGCAGACCAAAGUUUUCCGAACAAGACGUUUUCAUCCUCAAUACGCUCAGCUAUGGCGUGUACUCGCCCAGCCGAGAAGCUGCAGAAGAGGUUGCAUACUAUCUUGACGGUUUCUGCCCUCCUCUCGAAGAACAAGAAGCUGCCAACAACUGGCUGUGGAAUAUCUGGGACAUUCUUCUGGACGUUGCCCGAAGCCCAGAUACGACGGCCGAAAUACAAGAACGUCUCAUAAGUAUCCUGCAGGCUCUGCAGCGGUGCGCAAAGGGAGAGACAAAAGUCUAUGGCAGUGAGGCCAGGGUUUGGAAAGACCUGCCUUACCUCUUUGAGUGUCUAGAUCCGUGCUUUAAUGAUGCCACUCUAUACAUAGAUGAAGAAGGAAGACAGUUCACUCCAAAAUCGGCGCAGAGGUGGUUGAAUACGACCGCUUUUGCGGCGCGCAUUAUGGGCGCGGGCUUGGCAGCCAGCGCCUACGGAGAGGCGAUGCGGGCCAUUAGCCUGGCGCUCGAGGAGGAGGAGCAGAGUACGAUUCCCGGAAUCGCAGAUUGCAGAAUGCAGAUCGCCUGUUUAUGGAUCACUCACGCGGCCAAGCCUCUCCUGACGUGGGCGCAAGAGAACGUCGGCUACAUCGACAAUGGGGCGCAAUACAUCGAAGCAGGUCCGUUGUACCGAGGACCUGAAACAAUGUGCCUUCAACGAUGGGGCUUCUGGAUUGAACGAUUCGAGGAACUCGGAAAGGAGGGGUCUGGUCUGAGUGCAGAGACGAGAGAAAUUGCGCUCACAGCGGCAGAAGCAAUGAGGACUAUCGAAGUGCGCGCAGGAAGGACGUUGUCGGAAUAG